UCCCCGUCAACUAUUACAGGAGCAUAGAGAUGCCAGCUAAGCGGUAGAGCGGCGUCACCCAGCCUCCAUAGAAAACCGUGGCCAAUAUGGCGGAUUUCAAAUUUCCGCCGGAAGUCGUGUCUGUCUCAUUUCUUCAUUUCUACCGCCUCCCGUGCUGCGCAGGUGAAGGUAUGCCUAGAGCGGCUCUCCCGAUACAGCUCCGCCCCCUUUCCUAGUUCUCCAAGCCAAUGGGGGGAGAGACAAAGGCGGCGCAACGAACCCUUCUCGCUCGCGCGCCGACCGCAAGCCGCCAGGCAAUUGGGUGGCCCGCCUUAGCCAAUAGGAGAGCGGAGGGGGUGGGGUUCCCCGCGGAGACGCGCUCAACGCCCGCGGUGCCGUCGCCGACUUGUAAACCGCCUCGCGGCUCGCUCCGGCGCGUGCGCACUUUCCCAUCCGCCCGCCGCUGCUCCCUAACGGCCGCUCUGCGUGUCCUCCGCCCCCUCCCCCCUCCGCUCCCAUUGGCAGUUGGGGGAUGUCGGGGGCCCGCGAGGUGGUGACGCUCCAGUUGGGCCACUACGCGGGGAGCGUCGGAGCCCACUGGUGGGGGCUUCAGGUAAUGUCAGAGGAGGAAGCUUGUGAUUGGGCAGGCUGUGCGCGCGCAGGCGGGGAAGGGGCGGGGCGAGCGCGUUUACGCAGCUUCUCCGAGGGCAGUUGCUGUGAGGGGGAAAAAUAUUUGUUUAUAUCACACGAUUUAUACACCGCUUGACCGUAAAAAAAGAAAAAGGUAAGCCACCUCCAAGCGAUAAAACGAUAAAAGUCAAGAAAAAACCACAACCGUACUGAUAAAACAUAACAAAAUUAAAAUACUAAAACAGGUUAAAAUCACCUCAGCUUUCUAAGCAUCUGCGUAAGCCUGUCUCAACAGGAUUUUUUUUUUUUGUCCUGUUCGAAGGCACCUGCUUGAUCUCAAUAGGCAGGGAGUUCCAAAGGGGAGCCGCCGCCAUCUUACAAAUGUGCGGUGGGUAUUGUGUGGCUCUGGCAGUGCUGGUUCCGCCGGCAGAAAGGUAGAGUGGGGCAAAGUGACCUCAUAUGUACAACAUGUCCCAAAUAGGAGGUUUGUGGUUAGGCUACAUCACAAGAUAGUUGCAUGAGCGAAAUAAAAGGAGGUUUGGGGGAAGCCUGCCUCACGUGGAUGGGACGCGGGUGGCGCUGUGGGUUAAACCACAGAGCCUAGGGCUUCCCGAUCAGAAGGUCGGUGGUUCAAAUCCCCAUGACGUGGAGCCGAAAGCACGUCAAAGUGCAAGUAGAUAAAUAGGUACCACUCCGGUGGAAAGGUAAACGCCGUUUCCGUGCGCUGCUCUGGUUCGCCAGAAGCGGCUUAGUCAUGCUGGCCACAUGACCCGGAAGCUGUACGCCGGCUCCCUCAGCCAAUAAAGCGAGAUGAGCGCCGCAACCCUAGAGUCGGUCACGACUGGACCUAAUUAAUGGUCAGGGGUCCGUACCUCACGUGGAGGUUGUGAGUAAAGUAGAAGAUUGGGGCUGGUUUCUCUCUCUGUUGAGCUUAUUGUGAGAAUAAAAUAGGAGGGGUUUGGAGGCUAGCAUACCUCAUUUUUUGCCUGUCCUGAGUCUCCCAACAUUGGAUGUCCCCAAGCAUUUUGGAGAGAGGGAGGAAAGCUUUUCUCUAACCACUUUCUCCGUGUCAUGCAGAAUUGUAUACAUGUCUCCUCUUACCUUUGCUCUAAAUUAAAAGCCCCAAAUAAUGAUGUCCAACAAUAUCUGGAGGGCCACAGGCUCCCCGCCUGAGACUUACACCUCUACUUUCACCAGUUUGAAGCAUCUCUUACAAAAUAAGUGGAAUAAAUAUACCAAAGGGGUCUCCAUAGAGUACUUGCUGGUUUAGAACUCUUUUCUCAUGUAUUUUUAAAAUUAUUUUGUUCCCCCUUCCCAGGAAGCUUCGUUCUGCUUGGAUCCUGCAACUGCACAAUCAGAUGAAGGGAUUUGCCAUGACGUCCUCUUCCGAGCAGGAAGAACUCUCCAGGGGCGAGAGACAUACACACCCCGCCUCAUCCUCAUGGACCUCAAAGGUGGGUGAUAGAGAGAAGUGUGUAGUAUGGUUUAUGGGAGAGUUUAGCCCAAACCCUCCUCUUCUUCAUGUCAUUUUCUGCAUCAUGGAAGCCACAUUUUGGAAGCAGGAAAACACAGACAGGCCACUUUCCUUCGAUGUGCGUGCAUUUGUUUUUAUUCAAAGCAUUUAGACCCUGCUCUUCUGGUGGCGCUGUGGGUUAAACCACAGAGCCUAGGACUUGCCGAUCAAAAGGUCGGCAGUUCGAAUCUCUGCAACGGGGUGAGCUCCCGUCAUUCGGUCCCAGCUCCUUCCAACCUAGCAGUUUGAAAGCACGUCAAAGUGCAAGUAGACAAAUAGGUACCGCUCCGGCGGGAAGGUAAACGGUGUUUCCGUCCACUCUGGUUCUCCAGAAGCGGCCUAGUCAUGCUAGCCACAUAACCCGGAAGCUGUAUGCCGGCUCCCUUGGCCAGUAAAGCAAGAUGAGCGCCACAACCCCAAAGUCGGUCACAACUGGACCUAAUGGUCAGGGGUCCCUUUACCUUUACCUUCUGGUGAAGUGGCGUACAAAUCAAUAAAAGAAGUCCUGCCCUCGGGGUUACAACAGAUAAAUGAUAUGACACACAAGGGGAAAAAAUGGAUGGGGAGGGAAGAAGAAAAAGGAAAUGAGCUCAAGCACAAAUUCUUAAGACAUUAUGUUACGUAGGCUGAGUGUUGUCCCUUAGAGCUCCCCUGGCAUAAAGUAAAAGGAAAUGCCUCAAUUCCUGUGGCCUCUCUUCUGAUCUGGGAUACUUGGCGUACAUGGUUAUUAUCUUGACAAGCAGCUUUCACAGUGACAGCGCUUUCUGUUUCUCUGCAGGGAGCCUGAGUUCUUUGAAGCAGGAGGGAUGCCUGUAUGCAGAUGCAAAAACAAAUACCCCUUUGACAUGGUGAGUUCCUCCCCACCCCUGGAAAAAACCAUGUAUAAACAACUACCCUGUGCACAGCAUAAUCAGAUCUAUAGGAUGGCUUACUAAUGUUUGUAGGGAAAACCUAAUAACACAGCUGCCAAUGCAUUAUUGAUGCACAGAGGUGAGCAUAGUCUAGUACAGUGGCACCUCGGGUUAAGUACUUAAUUCGUUCCGGAGGUCCGUUCUUAACCUGAAACUGUUCUUAACCUGAUGCACCACUUUAGCUAAUGGGGCCUCCUGCUGCCACUGUGCCACCAGAGCACGAUUUCUGUUCUCAUCCUGAAGCAAAGUUCUUAACCUGAGGUACUAUUUCUGGGUUAGUGGAGUCUGUAACCUGAAGCGUAUGUAACCUGAAGCGUAUGCAACCUGAGGUACCACUGUAUACAAAAUGGACUCCUGGUGUUUCUGAUUUCAACUUUUAAAAAAUGUUUCAAGUCCCUAUGGUUGUAGACAGGUUACUUCUACAAUUUUGGAGGCUAGGAGAUGUCAGGCUGGGCAUGGUAUUCUUUUCACAACAGUUCGCUAUGUUCCCCAACACUUCAUGAACACUGAGACAUUUUCUACAAUAUUGAUGGGAAAGAAAAACUAACAAACCCGGUUUCUGUGAGGGAAACAUUAUUCAACAAGUUAAAAUUAACAGAAAAUCUUGUUAUUCAUCGUGUAUAAAGAACUGAAACUUUACUAAGCACCAUAGACAGAUAAAAAGUCUCAUUCUCCCUGCCCACAUGCAUAAUGACUAGAUGCUGUGACAGAAAAGAAAAAAGUGGUGGGAAUGGAAGAAGAAAGCUAGCAAACUCAGACACCAAGUCUUGGAAGUUUUAAUCUGCUUAAUUACAGUUGCUAGAUUUGGGGCAGCAGUGGUGUUGCACUCUAGAUCCUGUGUGCUUUAAAGGCAGCAAGGGAGGGCAGUAUUCUGCACUACACAUAUUCCCCUUUAGUCUCCUGCAAUUUGUGCAGAACCAUGUGGUUAAAAGGCUCAAUUUUUCAGGAAGGGAAAUCUGACGACGCACCAAGAAGACCCAUCCCCUGCGAACCCUUUCCUGCCAGACCUCAACAGGCUGGAGGUAAGAUAUCCUCUACCCCUGGAGCUUCCCUGUUCCUUUUCUGCCCUUGAACCAGCGUUGUUAAGCCUGGAGCUUUUGCUUUGGUGGAAAUUCCUGUGUUGCUGGCAAUCCUUCUUGGAAUUAGUUGCUAACACCCGUCUUUCCACUGUCUGUUAAAUGCCAAGGGCAGCUGGAGAAAUUGCCCCUAGAUUAUAUGGUUUUAAAAGAGUUAGACCAAUUCACAGAGAAGUCUAAUGACAGCUGUUGGUUUGAGGGGUGCAUAGUAAGCUCCAGGUUUGUAAGCUGUCCACCAGCAUCUGGAGGGCUACAGGUUCGCUUCUCCUGAGUUACCAGCAGCUAUAUGGAUCUCUUGAUUCCUUUAUGGCUAAAUCACAGCCUCAGGUCAGAAUGUCUCUCUCUCUUUUCAGGAUAACAGACCACCCAAUGGCAGUUUUGCUCCAAGGACCCUUCCUGGUGGUAAAGAUGUGUGUGUGCUCUGCAUGCAUGGCUUCCUGCAGGGGUAGAAUGGGCAGAUAUGUUUUCAAAGGGUAUUUUAAGGAAGGCUUCUUAUCCGUUCACAAGGUAUUCCAAGUUUUGGCUUCAUUUGCUAACCAAAUCCAUUAUUUGUGGUUGCCCUGAGUGCCUCUGGCAAUUGCAGAAAACAUAGGUUAUGAAGGGGUGUUAAUCCCUUUUGCUGGGCUGCUGCAGUAAGUCAUGCCUAGACGGCUAUCACCGCCUACAAAAGCCUGAAUAGUAAGUGAAAUAAAUUGUGGUUCCUUUUCUCUAUGUUGGGGGUUGGAGAAAAGAGAGGUUUCUCCCCCAUGGGCAGAACUUCUUCUGGAAGUGCUGGUGUGCUCACCCGAUAACAGAGCAGCACUUGCCACUGGUGAGCAGGCUGAUAAAUUGAUAAAGCCAUUUUCACCCAGCCAGUGCCUGUGUACACUUGGUACAUAAGCAGUAGAUAAAUUAAUAGAUGGUGGUGAUAACCAUUCUGCUUCCAGACAGACCUCCGCUCCGUGAGAGGCAGGAUGAGACUUCACAGAUGCCUUGCUCAGAGAGCAGGACAUGCUUCUGGUCGGAUUUCCUCCGCACACACCUGCACCCUCGUAGCAUAGUAACCAUCUACCAGUACAAUCACGAUGGGUAAGGAAUCUUUCUCAGCAUUCUGGGCUACCUUUUCCCUGGGCGGGCCAGAAGAUGCUGGCUAGAAUAUUGUCUGCCCUGCUCCGGAAGGCGCCUUUGGAAUGAUGCUGCCACUUUUCUUCCAGGGAUUCCAGCCGGCUGGAGACUUUUGGACAAGGGGAGAAGCUGCUACAAGAGGGCACAUACCUUGAGGAGCUCGAAGACAGGCUCCACUUCUAUGUGGAAGAGUGUGACUACCUGCAGGUGAGCAUUUGCUAUAGUCUCUUGUUCUGCCCAGAAGGGUGGGUGGUGCCAUGGGGUGAGGUCCAGCUCGCUUGAGAAACAGCAGUAAAGCAGGCCCUGAUGUCUAGUCCCAGAGCAGGGGUGGAUAAUCUGUGGCCUUCUGUUGCUGGACUACAACUCCCAUCAUCCCUUGCUGGCUGGGGGCUGAUGGGAGUUGGAGUCCAGCAUUUGGAAUGCCAUGGUUUCCACAGCUGUGCCAUAGAGGCUGCACACUGGCCCGGUUUCCGGGGUUUUGCAGGUGGUUAUUGCAUUUUAGAUAUUGGGCAACUUCUUGGCAAAUAACAGUUUCCUCCUUCAGCCUGAAACUUGAGCCAGGCGGUGGGGAGCAGAUCCUCCUGAAGGAACUGCUCAUCCCCUUCUCUCUUUUUCCGCCCCCCCCACACCAGCCAGGGAGAGGCCUGCAGGCUGAAACAUCUGGUGCUUAGAUGAGAGGCUGUGCCAGAAACCUCUGGUGUAUCCUGCCAUUCAGCACUGAGUAGUGCUGGUCAGUUAGGAGCAGAGUUCCCUUUGUCUACUCUCUUUGUCUCGUGCUCCAGCUCACCAGCCUGCCUUCCACCCCUGGGAUGAGGCAAGCUCACUGGAAAAGCAAUAGAGCAGCCCAUUUCAAUAGCACUGCGUAAUUCUUAGGCAAGCUGUGCCUGUGUCUUGGCCAGGAUGUGGCACCACCCAGGUUUAACAUGCCGAAUGUCAGCAGCACCCAGGCUCAUGGGGCAUUUGUCCCUUCAGCAUGGGGAAGGCUGUGAAGCAGCUGAGAUGAUAUGUGGCACAGCCUGGGCUUGCAGCAGUGUGCAGGCACCAACUCUUGAGUUGUCAGGCCACCCCAAUUCCGGCUGCUGAUCACAACAUAUCUGCACACUUCCCUCCUUGCACAGGGAUUCCAGGUUCUCUGUGACCUGCACAACGGAUUUUCGGGGGUUGGGGCAAAGGUCACGGAGCUGCUUCAGGAUGAGUAUGCAGGGAAGGGAGUCCUGACAUGGGGGCUGACGCCAGUGCUUAACACAGCCGUAAGUAUGCCCCCCUCUGUGCCACCUCUUUGCUCUUCCCUCCCCUGCUGAAAAAUGUUAUUGGUUAGGAAUGAACGCAGUUCAGAGAUCUUCUCACUAAGAACGAGUGUUGUGUAGAGGAUGGAGGGCUGGGCUUAAGAUGGGAAGAUAAAUGUAGCUGGGCAUAUACUUACACCUGACUAAAUAUAAUCAGACCUGAUUGAAUAUAAUUGUUUAUAACAGAAUAUAAUAAAUAUGAUUAAAUACAUUCCAGGGAUCAUCCUAAGCAUUUAUUAGCUAGUUAAUAUUAUAUUCCUCUCACAAUAAAACUCUAUAAAAUCAUAUAAACUAUCCCACGUCCUGAUAUCCCUCAUUCCCGCUUAACAUAUUGGGAUACUGUACUAAAUUCCAUUUAUUCAGUCUCCAUGUUUCUCUCCUUAACUUUCCGUAAUGCUCUUAGCUUUAUUAUACUGAAUUGCUCCCAAAGUUUCCUGAUCAAAUCACUUUUAGCUUGGCUUACGGGCAUUUUUCCAUGGUCUAGCGUAGAAGAUUCUAGCCAUCAUUAUAAAGUACAAUACCCCAAGACCAAUAUAUAGAUUUGAUUUUCCUUUUCAUGUGAUUCAGUAAACACAUCAAUGCAUCUAGUGGGGAAACAGUUCAAAAAUAUUUAUUGAAGAACUUAGUUAAACAUCAGAAACAGGAUGAAAGGAAAUGAUAAUUAAGUAACUUAGUUUUGACAACAAGCAGAAUUCUUAAUUAGUUGGUGUCUAGAAAGAUCUUAGAUUAAUCUAUUAGCUCUUCUUCAAGAUUGUGUAGUCAGUUCAUUAAUAAGAUAUUUAGGUAAAAGUUAAUUAGUUACUCAAAGACCUACUUAUUAGAUAUUUGAAGGCAGGAGAGAGAGAUGCAUAAGUGGUAGCCUUAGGACUCUUAUUUCCUAGUUCACUAUGGGUUAUAGCCUACUAAUUUGUUCUCAGAGUAGACCUAUUGAAACUAAUGGCCCUAACUUAGUAAUGCCCAUUAAUUUCAAUGGGUUUAUUCUGAAUGACAUUGGAUGCAACCCCAUUUGAUGAAUGCUGAAACAAAUCCUUUAGAAGCACUAAGUGUAAGAGUUAGCACAUAGUUAGUCUGGAAAUACCUGCACUUGGAUCCAGAGCAAACUUUCAUUAGAAUGGGCUCUCUUUGUCUGACUUCCCAGUCCCCAAUUGCAAACUGUUUCUCCCUUCCAUAUCCUGCACCUCCCGAACUGUUUUGUUGGACUGCCUGUCCCAUGUUCUGUAAUUUGUCCUGUUGAAAAGAAAUAAUCUCAAUGUCAGUACCCCCCCCCAAAAAAAGAAACUGCAUGAAGACAUACUCACUGCUCCCACUUGUUCCAAGUAUGCACUGAGAGUUUUUGUGCAACACUACCCUUCUGGUGUGACUGCUUUUCUACCACCUUGCAGAUUCCACAAAGGAAUUUUUACAGGCUCAUGAACACAGUCUUGGCGAUGGUCCGUCUUUCCAGCCACAGUUCGCUCUUCUGCCCCUUGUCACUAUACGGAAGCCUGGGGCUCAGACCAGCGCCCCCCAUCACACUCCCAUACGUGCAUUAUGAGGUCAGUAUUCCUGCAGGUGGAUACCUGGGUAUGCCUGCGCACACACACGGAGGAUGGAGGAAUAAGAACUCCUUUGAGCUGUGUGUGAAGUUUGUGCAUCCUGUAUCACCUUCCCUCAUUUCCCCUGGUCCUGCUUCUAAGAAUCCUCAUAGCUUCUUUUCCUUAGUAUCAAACUGGAAUUUCAGCCACCAGAAUAGUCUUCCUGCAAUGCAGAGUUCACUAGACCCAAAUAGCAUGUUUGGAGCAGAAAUCUGAACUUUGGGGAGGAGAUAUUCCUUGAUAUGACUGUGCCUUGAUUUUAUAACCCUCUGCAGGCAGCACUGGACUAUCACACGAGUGCCAUCCUCGCCACAGCCCUGGACACGGUCACUGUUCCCUACCGGCUCCAGACGUCAGCCAUCUCCAUGUCACAUCUUGCUGAGGCCCUGAAUUUCUCUGGGCGGAAGGUACUACGUGAUUCUCUUUGAACUCCUGCCAUUUCCCUAGCCACCCCUUCAAUCGCUCAAAAGCAUGAUUGGAAGUUGCAGGAUUUCUAAUGUAAAAUGAGAACAGCUUCCAUCAGGACCAGGAAUGUGCACUCAGUUACUAAGUGCCUUAAACGUUCUAGCACUAGUUUGUCUGGAUUAGCUUUUAUAGCUUAUACCAAUUUGGACUAUUGGACUUUCUGGCUCACUUGGUGUUGUCAACCCUGACUGGCAGCAGCUCUCCAGGGUUUCAGGCAGGGAGUCUUUCUCCAGCCCUACCUGGAGAUGCCAGGGAUGAAACCUGGCACCUUCUGCAUGCAAAGUCUUUUAAAAUAGGAGUUUAAAUGCAUCAAUAGUAGCAUAUUUGGAAAGAGAAUCCUCCCUGUGGGCCAUCAGAUACCGGCAGGGAUGAAAUUUCACCCCCAUCAGAACAUCCUUUUGGGGAAAUCUGCCAGAUCACUGUUUUGCUUCAUAAUUAGGCCCCAAUUUUGACCAAUCAGUGCACUGAAGGCAAUGAAACCAGUUUAUUUCUUUUUUUGCUCUGUGUGCAAAAAAGCUUAAUGGCUUUUAAAACUCACAAUUUUCUCCAAGUUGGGUUUUUCUUUCCCUUCCAAGCAUCAUCUGGCCCACUUGCUGGAGUCCCACUCUUGUGGCGCACCUUGGUUGCUUCCGGCAUUUUUACUUGUUCUGGUACACAGCACUUUGGGGUAACCUGUCAGGGCUUUGGAGAAGUCAGUCCCUUCUAGUCCUACUGGUGAUCAAUGUAUGCUUCCUCCUCCAGGUAGCAGCUGCAGUAGCAGCUGUACCAUUUCCUGUGGCACAGGAGCAGUCCCUUCCCGAUGCUCUGUGCAACCAGCAGCCUGCCAUGCCCUGGAGCCCACUGUCUUCAUGUGGCGAGCAAAGAGAGAGCCACUGCUUCGCUCAGUCUGUUGUGCUGAGAGGAAUCAGCAAGGAGCACCAAGUCAGGUAAGAGGUUUUUGGGGGGGUUCUUCCGUCAGUGGUGGCAGGGGAGUGGCCUAGAGUGGGUUACUCCUCUCACUUUUUCUGAAGGCGGAGCUAUGCAGAUGACUUUAAUACAAACACACAUACACAUCCUUGCGGCCUUGACCCAUUCCCCAUUUUGCGUCUCUUGUAGCAAUUCCCCUCCAGGCACUGAGCCGAAGUCUGUCCUCCACAUGUGUGAGACUGGACAGGAGGUGCUGGCCCGCUACUUGUACACCGUCUCCCCCAGAACCUUGAGGUUAGUAAAACUAACAGGAAAGGUGGAGGGUAUAGGAAAGGUGGUGACCAGGCUUCUGUUCCUAAUGCUUGUUUUGUGCUUGCGGAACAGCACAUCACACUUACUUCGAGGCCCUUGCAAGCUGCUGGCUCCCUACCCCCAGUUCUUCUCUCCUCUCCUCAACAAGCAUGGAUUCCUCUUGGAGAAACCUUCAAGCGCUUCAGCAGGUAAGAAGCCUGGGCUCUGGAUAAUGCAGUAGAAGGUGGUCACUCAGCUGAGAAUGUGAAGUCUCAGGUUUGUGUUUGGCCCAUUAUAACUUUUGUGGUGAGGGGUAAGGAAAAGUGGGAAUGUGGAGUUCUGCGAGGUAACGUGUUAGAAACCCACUAGAAACUACCUUGGCACUUUUACUGUGGCUGCACUCCUGACCCCCACUUACUGCAGAAGUCAGCUCCACUGUACUCAGAAAGACUUGCUUCUACAUAAAUUGGGUUAGGGCUGCACUGUGGAAGCUCCUGGAUGAUGGGUAGGAGCCUAAGUAUUUGUCCUCUCCUCCCAGUUCAGUAGAAGAGUUUUAGAGACAGCAGCUCCCACUUCAAUUCCCAGCAGUUCCAGUUUAAAAAGGGACCAUGGCCCAUCACUGCCAGUUGGCAUAGCUCGGGAGCCUGUGGCCUUCCUGUUGCUGAACUGCAGCUCCCCUCAUCCUUGACCACUUACCCUACUGCCUGGGGCUGAUGGGGGUUAGAGCCCGACAAGUUAUUCAACCCUUCUUUAUACCCUUGUGCAUUUAAUGUGUGAUUGAUCCCUGAUUGGUUGGGGCGUGUGCAUAGGACAUGAGUGUGGCCCUCCAUGUGUUGGACGACAGCUCCCCCACACCCCUUGGGGUUAGUCUGGAGGGCAUGAGGCUGGGAAGGGCUUGCAUAGAUCAUAUGUGCAGAAAGUUUGGCAAGAAGCUAAUUCAGCGACUAGCCAAGUACUUCCCCUUUAAUGUUUUCCGUCACUUUCCCUCCACUGUGUUGCAGAAACAUUGAUUCUCAAUAGGCCAGCGUUGUCCCAGUGAAGCAAGGCUUGCUGGUAUUAUCUCUCCCUCCGUUUUGCACUAGCACAAGGCAAGAGUUGGGGGGGGGGCACCAGCCUCAGUUGGAAGAUGGGUUAUGCUGCACCAUUAACAAGGCUACGGGGGCAGUAGACACAAAGGUGCUCUGGCACUGCUGCAGUCAGAAUGGGUUUUCUCAAAUCCUUUCAUUCUCUCCUACACAGCUGUUGAAAGUAUCCCUGUCUUCGGAGCCCUCCAGUCCUUGGCUAUCCUGCGUAAAACCCUUGGCAGUUUCUACGAAGAGCUGCGCCAAGUUGACGUCCGGCGAUGGGCAAGCUUUUUCUCGGUAGGAGUUGAAAUGGAUGACUUUGAGGAAGCUCUGGAGCAGCUGAGGACACUGUCUCACUGUUACAAAGAGAGUGGGGGCUCAGCAGCAGAUUCGGAGGAUGAGACGGACUGAGUGUGUGCGUAUUUUCUGCAGUGCCUUUGAACAGGAAAACAUCUACUAGCCCUUGCACACAUUUAUAAAAACAAUAAAUCCCCUAAUACAGUCUCCUCCAUUAUGCAUCAUGUCUUGUGCUACUAAGGCUGUUAAGCUAAAGGUAUUUUCUAAAAAGUCAUCUGCCUGACCUUCAGGCCUGCAGUAACCUGACAGAUUCUGUGCACAGAGGUAAGAAGGUGCUCUUCAUCUUCUACAACAGGAAUACUUUUUAUUCCUUAAAAUACAACUGCCACAAUAAAUAGUCACUCAGAAGCAGCACAAAGAGAGAAUGUACAUAUUUUUCCUACUAUUUAAAAUAUUUACACCAGCCAUUAUCCAAGAACGAGUGCAGCCUACAUCUUUCGAGGUGACUUCAAGUUUGAUGCGGGAGGUGGGGGUCAGAUGGCGUUCUCUGGAGCCAAAUGCAAACAAGAUUGCCCAGCCAUCUCCAUUCCCCUUCAGUAGUACUGGCUCACGCUUUCAAAAGCCUUGCUCCUCCUGCUCUUCCUCAGAGAGGACUGGGUCUUUGUCAGAAAGCUGGUCAGUGUUGCUGGUGCUCAUUCCAUCUUCUUCGUCCUCUGAGCUGACAUCACAAGCCGUGUGAAAUAAAGUCAUCAGUUCCCUGAACCGAUGGGCGACCUGAGAGCAGAACAGGGUUGUAAUGGAGGGAGAGAAGGAGAGACAAGCAAAUUGCCUCUGAAGCUAAUCUACUCUGACAACUGAUACUAUUUCAAUUUUUUUAGAUGAAGGUAGGAAAGAUAAGCAAUGGCACACCUACCUUCUACUCUGAAUCCACCACCGAACAAGAAAUCUGUAUUUCCUGGCUCGUAGAAUAAACACUGUACAGUAUUC